CUGGGGGUAUAUAGACGUCAUUGGGUGGAACAUGUUGAACUAAGAAGCAUGGUAAUAAUCUGUGAAGAAAUGGCAGUAAAAAUCCAAAGUACAGAAUAUUGAAGAAAAAAAGAAUGGAUGAUAAAAUUGAUUUUAGAGUUGCAUUAAUUGCAGGUGGAGCUGCUGGGACUUCAGCUGAUAUAAUCUUGUAUCCAUUGGAUACGAUCAAGACCCGUCUGCAGAGCCAAAAUGGUUUUAUUGGCUCUGGAGGUUUCCGUGGAAUAUAUUCAGGCUUAUUCUCUGCUGCUCUUGGUUCCGCACCAACAGCUGCCUUAUUUUUCUGUACAUACGAAUCAACCAAAUAUGUUACAAAGACUGUGAUUGGUCCAACAUGGGAACCGGUUGCUCAUAUGUCAGGAGCAACAGUUGGGGAAAUUGCAGCAUGUUUAUUACGGGUUCCUGUAGAAGUUGUAAAACAACGAGCUCAAGCCACGUCUGGUAUUUCAUCACUCUCAUCUUUAAGAAAAACCAUAGCAACCGAUGGUCUUUCAGGUCUUUAUAGAGGUUUUUUUGUAACCGUUUCUAGAGAAAUACCAUUUUCACUGAUCCAAUUUCCACUGUGGGAAAUAUUUAAAAAAUCGUGGAGUAAUAAACAACAACAACCAAUCAAAGCAUGGCAGUCAUCUUUAUGUGGUGCAGUAGCAGGUGGAAUUGCUGCAGCAUUAACAACACCUUUGGACGUAGCAAAAACUAGAAUUAUAUUAGCACAGAGUGGUAGUAUUGUUGCUAGUGGUAACAUAAUGGUGGCAUUAAAGGAAGUCUAUUUACAAAAAGGUUUUACUGGGUUAUGGGCGGGAGUGGCACCAAGAGUAAUGUGGAUUUCUAUAGGUGGCGCUGUAUUUCUUGGUGUUUACGAGAAAGUUUGUAUAGAAGCUACAAAAUAUUAUUCUUGAUGAUUUAUCUGUUGUGUAGGACAGUUAGAAGAAACAUAUAGGUACUAUAUAAAAUAUUAUACUGCACAGAAGAGAUGUGAUUUCGCCGUAUACAUUCCGGACCUGUCCUACUCUAUAUUCCAAACGUCCUACCAGGUAUAUGCCCAAUCGGACAUCAAGAUAUCUGCCAGUGGACACAGUCUACGGCAGCUGUAUAUAAUAUAGAACUAGAUGUGUAUAUAUGUACAGUGUAAAAUAUAGUACUGGACAAGAGAGACUAUAGUUUCCCUCUGUAGUGUGUAUAAGUACAAUAUAAUACUGGACAAGAGAGACUAUAGUUUCCCUCUGUAGUGUGUAUAAGUACAAUAUAAAAUGCCAGACUGGACAAAGCAAGUUUUAUGUGAAUAACGCUACUGAAUUGGUUGAGUUAACUGACUUUAUAAAAUUAUUAGAAAUAAAUAUUAACACAGUGAGAGAUAAAUCCAGCAAGAUGAAAUGGCCGUGAAGCUGAUAUCCCCAACCUGCCUCCAGAGGUUCAACACUCUGUCCCAAUUGGAAUCAAAGUUAUCGUCUUCAAAAGUCUCAACCAAUGAAAUCGCUUAGCGUUAACGGGAAAAAGAUUAUCAUCUAAAUCAGUCAAGACAUUCACCUACACCGAUAAUGAACAGACAGACAGAUAUAACAGCAAAUUUACCAGAAAAGGAUGGUACAGCUGGUUGAUUACAUCUCUCUAUGGUAUAAACAGAUUGUGCUGUUGAUGUGUGAUCUUUAUAACAUGCUGUAGCUGAUGUAAAUCCUGCUUCAUCACAAUGACCACUAGAACUCACUCUAAUUUCAAAUCCGGUUAGUCUGGAUGCUUUGGAAACAAAGCAGAAACUAUCAUUAUAUUAUUUCCUGGGCGAUUAUAAUAUUUGAUCAAACCCACAGUAUGAAAGAGAGAGAGAGAUGCGUGUGUGUGUGCGUGUGCAAACUCAUGAUCAGUCAUUUGAUAUUGGGCAGGUGACCCUACUCCUUGUCAUGUUCAAGUGUGUGAUUGAAACCAGGCCACUUGACUCAAUGGCAGUCCAUAUGAUCUAUAACGCAUCCCUGGCUUAAGCUGUGGGAGGGACCCAGAGAAACCCCAGGUGGUUGGGCAGGCGACCCAACUCCUUGUUUUGUUCAAGUGUAGGAACGAAACCCCGCCACUAGACUCAAUUGAAGAUCAUAUGAUCUGUAACCCAUCCUUGGCUCAAUGUAUAUUGUCAGUUGUGAAAGUGAAUUAGAUUAGAUCUUGAAUAAUACCAUGGUCUACUCUGUUGAAUAUCUUCAUACUGUGAAGAGGGUAGCGCCAAUCGCCCUACAAUACAAAUAAAACUAUGAUAAAAUUAACAAAUUAAAAUAAACUCAGUAAGGCGGGGCGC